AUGGGCAGCCCUGGCUUUUCGCGCGCUUCGCGGUUGUCGCUGCUCUUCGGCGCGCUCGCUUGCUUAGCUCCGGCGGCCGCAGCCGCGGCUCACUACGAGGCGGACGAAGGCGAAGAGCUGAUGCGCGCCUUCGCUUUCGAGGAGGAGAACCUGGCCGAGUUCGCCAGGCACCGAAGCUCACCCGCACCUUUCUACCGGAGCAAUAAGGAGUCAUGGCGCUUAUCUGGACAGUAUAUUGUGGUGCUCAAGGAGGAAACCCUUAAAUCCCAAAUCCUACAAACCGUUAAGCGUUUGCAAGCCAGAGCAGCCAAGCGUGGCUAUAUGACCAAAAUCCUGCAUAUCUUUGAGGAGCUUAUCCAGGGCUUUGUUGUGAAGAUGAGCAGAGAUGUGCUGCAUAUGGCUUUGAAACUCCCACAUGUGGAUUACAUAGAAGAGGACUCUUACGUGUUUGCUCAAAGCGUUCCUUGGAAUCUUGGCCGGAUUGUCCCAGAACAGGACACGCUGAAUGAGUAUCAUCCCCCCAAUGCUGGUGAACUGGUUGAGGUUUAUCUGUUAGAUACUGGUGUCCAGAGCACCCAUCGGGAAAUAGAAGGCAAAAUAUUUGUGACUGAGUUUGAGAACGUCCCUGAAGAAGAUGGCACUCGCUUUCACCGCCAGGCCAGUAAGUGUGACAGCCAUGGGACCCACAUGGCAGGUGUGGUGAAUGGAAGGGAUGCUGGAGUUGCGAAAGGUGCCAAUGUCCGUAGUCUGCGGGUGCUCAACUGCCAAGGAAAAGGCACCGUAAGCGGCACGCUGAUUGGGUUGGAAUUCAUUGCAAAGACCCUGGCUGUCCAGCCCUAUAGUCCCCUGGUUGUUUUGCUCCCCUUGGCCGGAACUUACAGCCGCAUCCUGAAUGCCGCCUCCCGUCAGAUGGUGCAGAUGGGGGUGGUCAUGAUAGCUGCAGCAGGCAACUACAAAGACGAUGCUUGUUUAUACUCUCCAGCAUCAGAACCAGAGGUAAUUACAGUUGGAGCAACCAACGCCCAAGACCAGCCUGCCUCCAUGGGGACUUUGGGAACCAACUUUGGACGCUGCGUAGAUGUCUUUGCUCCUGGAGAUGAUAUCAUUGGUGCCUCUAGUGACUGCAGCACCUGCUUCACAGCUCAGAGUGGGACAUCGCAAGCAGCUGCCCAUGUCGCAGGUAUUGCAGCCAUGAUCUUGAAUGCCAACCCCGCCCUGUCCAUCUCCGAGCUGAGGCAAAAACUGAUCCACUUUUCUGUCAAAAACCUUAUGAACGAGGCUUGGUUUCCAGAAGACCAGAGGCUGUUAACGCCAAACAGAGUGGCUGGGCUUCCCUCCAAAAUUGUAGCAGAGGAACAACUGUACUGUCGCUCUGUGUGGUCUUCCUUGUCUGACUCAACCAGUGCAGCAACAGCUGUUGCCCAAUGCAACAGCUACGAAGACAUGUUCAGCUGCUCAAGUUUAUCCAAGGACGGCAAACGGCGAGGGGAGCACAUUGAGGAUAAUGGAGGCAAGAAGGAGUGUGUGGCUCACAACAGAUUUCGAGGCCAAGGUGUCUAUGCCAUAGCCAGGUGUUGCAUUUGGCCCAAGGCUGACUGCCAGGUUAAUAGCCAUUCACAGACCACAGAGGGUAUGGCCAUGAAAAGUGUUACCUGCAUCAAAGAUAGCCAUGUUUUGACAGGCUGCAGCACUCAUUCUCUGGAUGGAGAUCUCAGUGGCGGCAUCAAUGCUGUACACCAGGCGGACAGUAGAUGGGCCCACUGUGUAAGCCAAGGAGAAGCAACGGUGCACGCUUUCUGCUGCCAUGCACCCAGCCUUGAGUGCAAAGUUCAGGGACAUCCUCCCCUGGAGUACUCAACAAAGGUGAUGGAGACCUGUGAUGAGGGCUGGACUCUAACCGGAUGUAAUGCCCAGUCACAUAGCUCCAACAGUCUUGGGGCAUAUUCAGUGGACAACACCUGUGUUGUAAUCAGCCGUCCAGGAAGCAAAGGAGCAACCGCAGUUGCCAUUUGCUGCAGAAAGAGGCUCUUAGAAGAGAAGCAAAGUUCCAGUAACAACUGACAAUUCUACCUUUUCCCCUCUCCAACUAUCCAAAGGACCCACGAAUUUUGACAAUUGCCAUAUAGGGUCACACUGGUAAACACAGUAGUCCCUAGAGCAGAACUCCAAUACAGCUUGGGAUUGCUUGUGAUAGCCUUAGCUUAGCACAACUAUUUCAGAUGCUGCAGUUGUGCAAAACAUCAUCCCUCUAGCAACGUUCCCAUCGUUAACAUCAAGAAAUGGAUGUCUUUGUUGUCUCGAUAAUAUCAGUUAAGCUGCAUUUGUAAAAUAUCUUUGAUCAAUUAGCUGCAUACAUGAUUUUUCACCAACUUUUUAUUUGCAAUCAGUGACUUCCAGGCUUUUUAGAAUAUCUAUUUUGUCAACCAUCCACUAGUUCAAUGCAUUAUGCUUAUAGCAUAGAAGGCUGGGGGGUGGGGGUAGGGCAGAGCAGGCAGAAUGAUGAAGAAGGUAACAGUUUCUGUGUAAUUCUUUAACUUGGUCACAACCUUUCAUUGGUUGAACUAUAACUAGAAACGUCUGUGUAUAUAUUAAUGAUGCUUAAAACUGGAGAAAGUGAAAGUAUUAAUACUUUAAAUCUGCCCAGGAUAGCAGAUUAAUUGCAGAGCAUACCAAUUAUCAUUAUAUCCUCCUGUUUUUUGAAUAUUUUUAUAUAGUAAGUUGUAUGGUAAUAUUUUGCAACAAGCAUAGACAAACCAUGGGCUGCAUUUAACCCUUCCUUCUAGAGGCCCUGUGCAAUUAACAGAGUAUCCUUUGUAGUUAAACAUAAACGUAACAAUUUAACCAUUUAAUACUUUUAAAGGAAACAGGCAUACCUGGGAGAUAUUGUGGGUUCGGUUCCAGAUCAGCAAAUAUUACAAUAAAGUGAGUCACACUAUUUUGGGG